AUGGAAGAUAAUAUUGAUACAAUCCUACUCAAUAAGACCACUAAAUUCCUUUUCAAUGAUACCUCAAACUAUCGGUUGCCAUGGAUUGCUUCUGGAAUGACUGUAAGUUCAUAUGCCUUGUGGGCAAUAUUUGUCUUGCCAGGCUUCCGGAAGGUUCCUUGGAAACUAAAGGUGCCAUUCUUGCCUUCCAGUAAGCAUCAGACCGCAAACGUUGUAAAACUUUUAAAUGGGCGGAAAGGGAGACUUGUUGACCUUGGGUCAGGCGAUGGCAGACUGGUUUUUGCCGCAGUAUCCAUCGGGUUUCAGAGCCGAGGAUAUGAGCUUAAUCCAAUCCUGGUAACAUGGGCAAAAACACAGGCCCGGUGGAGAGGGAUAUCUGAAAUGAACGCAAGCUUUGUCAAGGAAAACUUUUGGACAGCGGAUCUUUCAAGCUAUAACAAUGUGGUUCUAUUUUUGGCUCCUAGUGUGAUGGAAUCUCUGGAACAGAAAUUAUAUGCAGAGCUGUCAGAUGAUGCCUGGGUGAUUGCAUGUAGAUUUCCCUUUCCUCACUGGAAACCUACAGGCACGGAGGGCACCGGUUUGGAUCAAGUAUGGGCAUACAGUAUGAAGACCAUAAGAAAUGGCUUCACUAAGCCACAGCCAUCUUGAAGGCGAAUGUGGGCGACCUCACCAUACUGCCUCAAUCUUGGAGACAAAUACGUGU